GCGCCGGGGCACCGACGGGGCGCGGAGCCGCGGGUCUGACGACCACACAGCGCCCGCCUGCUUCCUCCCUCCUCCUCCCUCCUCCUCCUCCUCCUCCUCCCCCGAGUCUCCCGAGGGCCGUGUCGGCGGGCGGGCGGCGCCCCGCACUGACCCGGCCCGGACUGGCCGCCGCGGGAGACUGCUUUUUAGAAGAUGCAGUAUUACAGAUAUUCUAAUGCUGAGGUCAGCUGUUGGUACAAAUAUCUGCUCUUCAGCUACAAUAUCAUCUUCUGGUUAGCUGGAGUUGCAUUUCUUGGGGUUGGACUCUGGGCAUGGAGUGAAAAGGGGGUGCUAUCCGACCUGACCAAAGUGACCCGUCUCCAUGGCGUGGACCCGGUCGUGCUCGUCCUGAUAGUCGGGGUGGUGAUGUUCACUUUAGGCUUCGCCGGCUGCGUCGGGGCCCUGAGGGAGAACAUCUGUCUUCUGAAGUUUUUUUGUGGAGCCAUCGUGUUGAUAUUUUUCUUGGAGCUGGCAGUGGCGGUGCUGGCUUUCUUGUUCCAGGACUGGGUGAGGGAUAGGUUUAAGGAAUUCUUUGAGAUCAACAUCAAAUCUUACCGAGACGAUAUCGACCUCCAGAACCUCAUCGAUUCCCUGCAGAAAGCCAACCAGUGCUGCGGAGCUUACGGCCCCGAAGACUGGGACCUCAACGUCUACUUCAACUGCAGCGGAGAAAGCUAUAGCCGGGAAAAAUGUGGCGUCCCCUUUUCCUGCUGUGUCCCCGAUCCUGCGCAAAAGGUUGUGAAUACGCAAUGUGGAUAUGAUGUCAGAAAUCUGGCCAAGAACAAGUGGGAUGAGUCCAUUUUUAUCAAAGGCUGCAUUCCUGCUCUGGAAGGCUGGCUACCGCGAAACAUCUAUAUUGUGGCAGGAGUCUUCAUUGCCAUCUCAUUAUUGCAGAUUUUUGGCAUAUUCCUUGCCAGAACCCUGAUUUCCGACAUCGAAGCUGUGAAAGCGGGCCACCACUUCUGAAGAUUUAAAAAGCAGAUCCCAGCUGUGAAAGCUAAUCCGUUUCACCGUCGUGAACUUGACAUCACUUUCCUGGCACUGCCUUGCAGUCCCUGGCGUGAAGAAUAGAUCUGUGUGAUGACGCUCAAGAUCUACUGAAUUGUCUCACACAUACAAACACGCACUCAUGCCUGCACAAAAACCCCUACACAUGUGUAUGUAACCCUUAAUGAUUAUGUAUUCCAGGGCAGCUAAAUACCAUGCCAGACCAGGUUUAAUGGAGACUCCAGCAUCACUUUGGUGCAGGGUGCAGAGUCCGAGAAAUUCUUAGCCUGACACAAUAAGUGGGAAUUUUACCACUGCCCCAUCUUCCCUGGAGCCUCAGCUGUGUAGACCUAGGGAAUAUCCUUGAGCCAUUUUAGAUACUUUCGUUGAGAGGAGCUGCUCAGCCCGCAGCAUGAGGCAAGUUGCUUUCGGGUGGAACAAACGCUAAGCCAUUUUGAGUAUGUUCCCAGUAAGGGCAGAGACUCCAGAAAACUCGCAAAUCGUUUUAUUUAUCGGGAUGAAAGAGUCCUCACAACAGUGUUUCGCUCUUCUGCCUUUUCUAGUCAGAGCAAUGCCUUCUGAACCCCAGUUGUGGGCAGGGAAUGUCCGUUUGUUGUUAUAUUGCACUCUCCGAAACGCUGAGUACAAUGCUCUGCAUACAAGUGCUCAAUAAAUAUGAGGGCGCGAAUGGAUGAAUGAACCAUCUAGGGCUUGGCGGGGGGACUGAUGACUCUGUGUAGAGAUUGCUCGUUCGGGAAUUAUGAAGAUGGGAUCCUGUAUGAACAGGAGGAUCCAUCUCUUUCAGAAUCCCGUUCUUCUCUUUGUGACCCACUCAGACUCACCUCUACUGCACCCCCCCGCCCUUGCAAAAUUUCUUCUUGAGCAACAUUCCCUGGAGAUGAGAAUUGUUCCCGUGGUUGACAGGUUCCUCUAGCUUCUUGUGGGAAAGGAUCGUGUCUGCCAACUGGGUUACAUUGAACUCUCCCAAGUACUAAGUACAGUGCACUGCUCACAGGAGGCGCUCAGUAGAUACCAUCGGUGGACUGAUCAAGAAUCAUCCAAAACCUCUGGUGUCUGUUUUUCCUGAACGUUAGAAUGGUAACCGAGAAGAAGUAGAGCCGGGGAAGCCGCUAAUCGGAACCCUUCGGAGAUUGUCAGAGAUUGCCCCUCCGUUUUAGGCAGAAUUAUUUCCAAAUUCCUUAUUCAUGAUUUUUGUUUUUUCACUAGUAUUGAAAGAAAGCUUAGUAGAUCGGUCCUUUUUUGUUUUCUUUUUUAAACCUUAUAGUUCUUAGGUCUCUGGCACCCAGAACUCACUAUUUCAAAGCAUAUACAAUUUUCUAUCCCUUUAGGCACCUGACUUUUCAUUGAUAGCUAUGUCCAACAGGUUUAUUUUUGUUUUCUCAGUGUUCUGUAAUAAGUAAUCCUUUGAGAUGGUGCAUUUGUCAAUUUGACUCUGAACCCGUUACUAACACAUUGUUGUCUGUAUUGGUGCCCUAUUUUGUUUUUCAGGGAUUGCUGCAUCAGUUUCAAUGCCUAACAAUGUAAAUUCUCUGUGUAUAAUUGUAUUUUUCUAAUUUGUCUGUUUUGUAGUCUAGGGAAAAAAUGUUGAAGCUGUUGUUUUUGGAAGUAGAAUGUUUCCUUUGCCAAACUGUUUUGAAUACAUCUUUAUAUAAAGUAGAUUUCUUUGGUA